AUCCUCCGUAUUGCCUGCCCCAAUUUAUUUCUUAAAAAGAUCUGUUUGCCACUUUGGCGUCUACAUUUUGCAUCUCUCUCUUUCUCUCUACUCUUCGACCUCCUCGGCGUGAAAUCCACCUCCCCUUUCUCUCGCGAGCUUUGCGUCUCUGGAAGAAGAAGAUGGCGGGGAAGGGUGGUAAGGGGCUUGUUGCUGCGAAGACAACGGCGGCUUCAAAGGACAAGGACAAAAAGAAGCCGAUUUCGCGUUCAUCUCGUGCCGGUCUCCAGUUCCCAGUUGGUCGAAUUCAUCGCCAGCUGAAGUCUCGGAUUGCAGCCAAUGGCCGCGUCGGUGCAACUGCAGCUGUAUACUCAGCUGCAAUACUCGAAUACCUAACUGCUGAGGUUCUGGAGCUGGCGGGUAAUGCUAGCAAGGACUUGAAGGUGAAGCGCAUCACUCCUCGCCACUUACAACUAGCAAUUCGCGGCGACGAGGAACUGGACACUCUCAUUAAGGGCACCAUUGCUGGUGGCGGCGUUAUCCCUCACAUUCACAAAUCCCUCAUCAACAAAUCUUCCAAAGAGUGAAGAACUGAAGAGGUUCUGGCUGGCCAUUUCUCAUUCCAGUUCUUCUCCUUUUGUUUAGGGUUUAUGUACUUUGAUUAGUUUCAGUUGCUUCUGUUUUCUUACUAGUUAGAGACGAUUAUAUGUGUGUGUAUCAUGCCUUAGUUUUUUUUUUUUUUUGAGGUCUUUCAGUUGUACUUUGUUUCUCUGUUCUUGACUGAUGGAUCCUUGUUCUUGUAUCAGAUGUGGAAAGAGGGGUUUCGUAGCUUUUAA